GCUUGAAGGGAGUGCGUGCCUGCUGGGGUUGAUAUAAGCGAGCAGGAGGCGAGGCAGGGCAGUGCGCGCGUGGCAGUCAAGGUAGAGGGUUCCCAGGGUGCCCAGUCUCCAUACCGCUCCCCACACACACACACACACACAUACAUACACGUGGUGCAGCCACACCCCGUGCUAGAGACACAGUGUCUCACACAACCCGUGCUAGACAGUCUAAAACACCCCAUGCGAGAGAUUCAUAGUAUUUUUCAUGCUAGACAGUUUCUUAAACAUCUCGUGCUAGAGACACACAGUGUCCUACACACCUCGUGCUAGACACACACAGUGUCUCGCUAUUCACAGUCCCAAGCCUUGUUACUUAUCAAAGACUUUUGAAGGCAGAGAGUAAAUUUUUAUUAAGAACAUGGAGAAAACUCCAAUGUAUGCAGUACUGUCGCCUCCACACGCCUGCAAGAGGCAAUGGGUGGCGUGGGUGGCCACGGGCGUGAGUAUCGUCGCUCUGGUGGUGGCGUGCGUUACAGCUUCCGUGACAGUGCAGCAGGUAGAUCGUGUCAGCGAACUGGAGGGCAGGAUGCUGGAGAUGCAGAGUCACAUGGAGGACAUCCUACGCUUCACCAUUGACAGCCAUGACUUCAAGGAGUACGAUGAAUACCCAGAAGAUGCUCAGGCGGACCCAAACGAGGACCUUACGAUGCAGCGAGUACUCAGGAGGAAGAGAGAUGCCGCCAUCGACGGCAGUACGCAGGGUGCCGCAGUACCUAUCUACGAGCAAGCCUACGGAGUAGACCUCAAGGGUCGCUCCAACUCUGAGGGUUUGAGGCUUUAUGGCUCUCUGAUGGCCACCAAGGGUGAGGGAGACCCCACUUCCCCUGAGGUCACCUUCGAAUCCACCGACUCUCCUAUCAAACCCUACCACAGAGACGGGCUUCUGGAUCCCACUGGCUCCAUCGUUUGGCCCCUAAAGGAAAUAUCCAACUUGUGGGUUCCUAAGAAGCGACAUCAGCGGUACCCACCUGCUUCAAGCACUCAAAUCUCCCUCAGGAGUACAAUCCAGGACGACGACGAUGAUGAUGAUGAUGAAGACGACGACGACGACGAAGACGAGGACUACAGGGACAACAUCAUCAGUAGACAGGCGAUUCCAAUCUCGCCUGUGAUUGAACGCAGCUCGCGAACUAAGAGUCUGCACGGCUCCGGCAGACGGGUGAAGCUGCGGCAGAAGACUCCAGUCAAAUCUAACCCAAACCCCGCUCCUGUCCUGUUCCGCGAAUCUCUUGUGAAG